AUGUUCUGGGAUUUGGUCAUAGGGGUAGGCCAUCGUAUAUUAGACCUCGAAAAGUCUUACCGCACCGCUGCCGAUUUCAUGGAACGCACUAGAGGACGAGGUCAUGAUAGACUCGGCGGUGCCUUCAACCAGGCAAACAGAGAGGCCAUCACCGAAGGAUCUGAGGACGGCUCCGACAGCAAAGCCACCAACAGCAACUGA